UUUAAAACAAAUGAUAUUUGUUGGUAACUUUUUGAUUACGAUUCGAAAAUUGUUCAUUUUGUAUUAUGUUUAAGACGAUGUAACCCUCAUGGCAUAAAAAUAUAAUUCAUUAAAUUUUAAGAUUUUCACGAAUGUCGGCAAUAUUAAGACACAGCAGAACUUCUGUAAUAUUAAAUUCAAAAUGAGUUGUCGCAGCAUCAGUGUAAGUCAGGGAACAUGGAACGAUUUGGAGGAAAUGAAAUAUUUGCUUUGCGCUAUCGAGUGUUGCAAGUGUCCUAGUGUACCACCUCCACCCACGUGUUCCGCUGUAUUACCACCGAGAAUCGAGGAGUUGUGUCCCGUUAUUCCUCCUCAGAGACCCUGCUGUCCGCCUCCUCGUUGUCCACCAACCCCCUGUUGUCCACAACCACGACCUUGUCCAAUAUCAGCUUCUUGCUGCGCGCCGUCACCACCCUCUUGUUCGCCAUCACCUCCUUGUUGCCGGAUACCUAUAGUUCCCAGCCCUGCUUGUUUUCCACCACCAAUGUGUGCUCCACUCCCAUCGAGACCUUGCGUUUCACCUUCUCCACUGCCGUGUUAUCCAAGUGAGCUGUUAUAGAGUGCCUUAUCUAGAGCGUCGGUUCCUGUAACCGGCUGAUCUUACCGGCAGAUGGUAAAAAGUGGUAAGAAAUCUGGAACGAGUUGCCUGUACGUGCUGUAUCGAAAUAAAAGCGAGCAGCAUUUAACGUUAAACGUAAGGAAGGAUAUCGAUGUUUUAAAAUAUAUUUCUUUGCGAUUUCCGCAAGAUCGUAAGGAGACGCAGCAGCGCUGAAAUAAUAAAAAAUUUCAAUUUCUCAAAAUAGAAAGUGGCGAACGUUUAACGUUAAAUGGAAACACGAUAUCGGUGUUAAGAGGUAAAGUAGGAUAUAGAAAAGACACGUCAAUUUCUCGGGAACAAUGGAACCAUGGGAAUCCUUUCGUAGCUGUUUCACGUAAACCUAAAGCAUCGAGCACAUCCAACUCGUUCGAGAUUUCGCAGUUUCUGCCAUCUGCUUGCCAGUGAGAGGGCCGAUAUACGCUCAUAAAUCCAUAUCGAAUCCGGUAUAUCUAAUGAAAUUUUACUCGUAAUUGAGAAUCGACAUAAUUAAGAACAUAGGAUCCAGAUUUUGAAAGUUGCGUUGCCAGUUAUACCUUGGAUAUUGUAUACGUUUCCUAACGCGCGUUUUGUGCAAUUUUGUAUCUUCAAAUUCAUCAAAAAAUUCCAUGCGUGC